CACGCUACUACUACGAACGGCAGAUAUAUAAUAACUCGGCUCGUUCGCUCGUUCGCGCGGCGGCGAUAGCUCGAUUUGUGCAUUGAACUUUGUAUACAUAUACGUAUACAACGAGUACGUAUAUUCAUAAAUUGGCAGCGCAGGGGCGCACUUUGCCGUGCUUGGUGCAUCGCAACACACACACGCCUUUCUCUCGCUCGCUCGGCUACUACUUUAUAUCGUUACGUCGUAUGCAGUGGCUCCUGUACUGACAACGAGAAAAUUUUGCUCCUUUUGCGAUCCUGCAUCAUCGCGACGCGUAAUCUGCAACCGAAAGUGCGAGUUCGAGGAUUCGAAUAGCUGCCCAGAGCGCCGAUACGGCUGAAGGCUAACAGUCAUAGUGUCGGCAUUUGUAUAUCGCGAGUGCAUUUGUACUCGACAAAAAGGCACGUAUAGGCUGCCGCAGCAGCAGCAGCAGUAAUAUACACCCUCGCUUCGGCUUGUGCAGUGCUCUCUGUGCGGCGCUGCUGCUGUGUAUAAGUGUACAAAACACACUCUUAUAUACACAUACGCAGCUAGCAGCAGGCAAUACAUCGGCCGCGCGGCGACGUCUCCGAGAAAUUCUAAGGGGGCAGAUGUGUGUUACGACUUGGACUACUGUUGCGUUGCCUGCGUUGCUGCCUCCUCCUCCUGCUGCUGCUCGUCGUCGUCGUCGUCGUCGUCGUCGAUCGCCGUACAACACAUAAGUUGUCUCUCGCCGCAGCAACGGCAGCAGUCGACUCCGCGCGCGUACGCAGAAUAUAUGUGUGUAUGAUCGAGGAGCGGAGGAGCUCGUCGGUGCGUCGUCAGUGUUGGUCGCGUGCUUUCCACGAACGAGUAUAUAGUCGUCCGAGUUCCGCGCGAGUGUGCAGUUUUUUCCACCGUGUCGAGUGCACGAUAUAAAGGAUUUAAACGGCGGCGGUGCCGAGCAACACUGCCACGGUAUACAAUAAUACGAUAGUGAGAGUGCGCGAGUGUACACACACACACACAUACAUACACGCAUACACACAGAGAUAUCAGUCUCGAAGCAUAUAAACACAUACACGCGCGCGCGCGUGUCUCGGAGUCUCGGGCAUACACCUAUCUCGAAGGCUGCCAAAGGAAGGAGCAGCAGCAGCUGAGCGAGAGAGAGAGAGAGUCAUACAGCGAGAGUACAUUUGUACCAAAGCAGAGUGACCCUUUGUAUAUCGUAAUACAUAUACUAACACAUAUACAGUGCCAGCCUCAACAUUCACGGUUGAUGUCCGAUCAUCGCAAGUCCUGCCCGGAUCUUAAUGGGAUCGGCGACGGCUUUGUUUCUGCAAGCGCCAGUGGCAACAACAGCAGCAGCAGCAGCAACGACGAGCAUCAGCAGCACAAAAGGAGCAAAAAACUCGGCAAGAAGAGCGGCGUCGAUAAGUGCCUGAGAGCAUAGCACUCGCUAUCCUUAGCCGCCAACAUGACCGAAGUAAGCAUAUCGUCGGCUCGGGCCUCGGUGAUGGUCUACGACGACGCCAACAAACGAUGGGUGCCGUCCGGCUCGUCGUCGGGCCUGUCCAAGGUGCAGCUCUAUCAUCACCAGGUCAACAAUACGUUUCGCGUGGUCGGCCGCAAACUGCAGGACCACGAGAUUGUGAUGAACUGCGCGAUACUGCGCGGCCUCAAGUACAAUCAAGCCACCGUCACCUUUCACCAGUGGCGCGACAAUAAGCAGAUCUACGGUCUGAACUUUUCGAGCAAGGACGAUGCCGAUGCAUUCGCCAAAGCCAUGCUACAAGCUCUCGAUGUAUUGGCCAACGGUACGAGAUUACCACCUAGUAUGCUACCACAAAUCACGCCGCAGCAGCAACAGCAGCAGCAGCAGCAACAACAGCAGAUGCAGUAUCAAGCUCCACAACAGCAGCAGCAGCAGCAGCAGAUGGUGCAGCAACAGCAGCCAAAUGGACAGUACGAAGAAGACAUGGGAUAUCGUAAUUUCAGCACCAUGACAAGAGAGGACGUGGCGAUACUACAGGAGCGCAGAAUGUCUCAACAGAAUCAAGUCAACGGUCUCAACGCAAUUUCUCCGAGUUGCCCGCCAAACGCGAUAAAUCUCCAACAACAACAGCAGCAGGCGGCUCAAACUGGUCACCAUCGGACAUCUUCGGCACCACCAGGACCAACGCCCCCCGGAGGAGUGCAACAGCAGCAGCAGCAGCCGCAGCAGCAACAGACGAUGCCACCGGCUCCGCAACAACAACAGCAGCAGCAGCAAGCGCAGCAGGCACAGACUCCGGCACCACCGGUCGCACCACCUUGCCCGCCCAACAUGAUCAACUACGGGCUGCAACAGUACGCCCAGCAACAGACGAGCUCGGGGGUUGGCGGUAUUUACGGGACUACUGGCGGCCAGCAGUCGGGGGUAGUGGGCGUUCAGCCAGCGGCGGUACAGCAGCAACAGCAGCCGUACCCGUACAGCGGCGCGGGUAGUCAAUACGGUAGUCGAGCCUCGCUCAAUAGCCAGUACGCAGCGUUGCCCGUUAACGGCACCGGCGGCAGUCCUUACGGUCAGGCGCAGGCCGCCGCCGCAGCCGCAGCCUAUGUUCAGCAACAGCAGCAGGUCGCCGGUAGUCCCGUACUCCACAACCCGUACGGCACGCCGGCCAAUAGCGUCAAUCAGACCCUCUACCCGAACGAUUGCUUAGCUUAUAAUUCCGUUGUACCUAGCGUGCCGGUUCAGCCGCAACAAUCGGCCCAGCAGCAGCAGCAGACGCAGCAGCCACAGCCACCUCCACCGCCACAGCAGCCCCAGCCACCGCCGCCGCCGCCAAUGGCACCGGCUAUGCCCGCGGCGGGCGCUCCGCCACCGCCGCCACCUCCGCCAGCGCCCAGUCAAGAUGGCCCGCAGGGACCUGACAUGAACUCCUUGUGCGCUGCCAUCCAAGCGGCCAAGCUCAAAAAGAAAUCGGGACAGUCGGAAAAUAGUGGAUCGAGUACGAGCAGUAGUGGCAGCGGAAAUUACGGUACUUUGGGUCGAGGAAGCGUUGGAAGCGGCGACGGCAACAGCAUGCCCUCGGCCAUGAUGGUCGAGAUGGCCAAAACACUGGCUCGCAGACGAGCCGCUGUGGAGAAAAAACAGCCCGAGCCUGAACCCGAAAGCUCGCCCGACAAAAAGUCAUGGGAGAAGAAUAAUUCUACGAUCUCAAACAGCGCUAGCAAUAACAAAUUCACCAAUGGUGCGGAAUCGCCGAAAGCUCAUCGUAAGAGAUUCGGCUCGGCAUCCGAGGAUACACUUUUGAAAGUCAACGGCGUCAACGAAGGCUCUGCCCUCACUGCACAGGAUUUGGAAUCUUGGAAAGCAGAAAUCAUGAAGGACAUUCGCAAGGAAUUCAUGAAAAUUAAGCAAGAAAUCGUCGAUGCUGUUAAAAUCGAAUUAAAUAGAAGAUAAUUUCAUACAAAAUGCAGUUGGAAAUAAGAAAAGUGAUCUAGCCAAUGAAUGGCAAUGAAAAAGGAAAAAGACCGAGAGAUUUGACUAGAUAGCUCAAUCGGAUAAUCAUCGACAGACAUAUAGGUGUAUAUGCACGAUUUUAUUAUAUACUCGCGAAAGUAGUGUAGUUAUAUCCAUGUAUAUCUAGCCUUGUGUACGUUAAUCUAGCUUGAUACUAAACAGAUAUGAAAUCAUCAGAAAGACGGACGCGGGCUCGUUGCAUUUAAAUUUAGUCAGACGUUUAUAACAGUUUGGAAUAAAUAUUUCAUGUAACUGUGCUUGAAAUUUUUCUAAAUUCAAAUUUUGAUUUAAUGCAUUUAAUUUCACAGCGAGCAAAAUUUAUACAAUUUCUAAAGUUUUUAAUUCCUUGAACUCUUGCGAGUUGAAAGAGCAAAAAUUGAGUUUGAAUAGAUUGAAUUGUUGAAAACCAAGAUGAUGCGCAACACGCACAAUACAAUCAGACAAUCUCAUAAAGAAUGCAAAUUUACUUACCUUGAUAUUAGGGUACAAUUUUUAUACUGCCAACGGCAAAAGCAAAUUGAAUUGAUAUCAAUGCCUAUGUCGUACUCAUUUUUGUUCCGAAUUAAAACCUUUAAAUUGUAACUCGUAGUGUUGAAAAACUUGCAUUCAAAGCAAGGAUAAUUGAAAAUUACCUUGAUGUCGAAUUUAUGAAGAAUUUUUAUGAAGUAUUCACAUUAUUAAGUGUGAAAUUAUUCCACACUAUUCGAUUUUAAUGACCGUUCAUAAAAUUGUACAUGGAAGAAUUGUAAACAUAUUUUAAUAGCACAGGACGUUCGUUAGUGAUUAAACAGUAACUUUAGAAUAUUUUUAUUUGUAUUUCGUGAUCAGAUACGUAUCAGAGAAACAUUGAAAGUAAUGUAAGCUUGACUUAAUAGUUCAAGCAAGUUUGACCUAAUGUUGUUACUGUCAAAAAUUCAAUGCAAAUAGUGACAUGAACCAUGAUCAUUAUUUGAAAGAGAACAGUUUUCUAACUAUUAUCUGUCAAAAUUCAAAGCAUUACUGAAAAAUUGAUACUUUUAUAGUAGCAAAUUUGCACCAAAAACAAAACAAAAUUGUCGUACUUAAUUUAUAAUGAAGAGGAAAUUUUCUUUUAUAAACUUUGCUGACUCUUAUACGUAAUCUCAAUUUAUUAUUGACAAAUUAAUUGAAUAAAUUUAAGAUGACCGAAAUAAUUAGGGAUUAAGUGUUUAAUGCAUUGUACCCGCUCCUUAUUUUUAGCUGAUAAACUACACUUUCAUAUCUGAAAAUUCUUUCUAUUAUGAUAACUAUGUAUUUGUAGUUAACUAUUUGAAAGAAAAAGAGUGAAUACGUUAUUUUACGUAGUUUAUGGUUAUGUAAAGUAUGUACGUUUUGUCAUACUUUUUUGUAAAUUUGUCAGAAAAAAUUGAAAUUAAAAAAAAAUGUGAUUGGAUGUUACAAAAGUACUGUUAGCGUAUGUACAAAAAAAUAUUUUUUGUGAAAGGAUCAAUAUUGGCUAAGUAAGUUACAAUUCAAUUUAAUCUUUAAGUCAAACAACUAAUUAGUAUUGAAAAAACUGUGCAAAAUAUUUGGGAGAAUUUUAAAGUCGUCGAUGUCCUUGAUCGUUUAUCUCGACUUUGCACUGCCUUUUGCAGUAGUUUAUGAUGACCUAAUAAGAUUUAAACUUUUUUAAAAAUGAAUCAUUCAGACUUAGAGGACUUUUUAAUUAAAGCAUUUUCAACAUCUCUGCAUUUUUUUCUCAAAGUAGCUACUUUUAUCGCAGUGGAUCAUCGAGAGAACGAAUUUUUUCUAGUCUAGACAUGACGAACAAAUUUUUGCGAGCAAUUUUUGAGAAGAAUCCAUAGUUAACAAAUAAAAUGUAGUUAUUAAUCAUAAUGAAUAAAAAUCAAGGAGUAAAAAGUGUCAAUGAGAGACCAUAAAAGAAAGCUGGAGGCAUGUCUUUUACUGAAAAAUGGAGAAUGCAAAAUUCAAAGUCAACAAUGAGAAUGUGGAAAUAUUGGAUAUAAAAAACUUCUUCGCCUUUUUAUACUUUUUAUAUAUUUGUAUAAAUUACAUAAACUUAACAUGGCACUAUAUGAUGCUUUUGUGCUUUUAUGUUGAAAAAUAUCGAUCGAUAACAUCUAUUGACAUAAUUAUUUGAUUUAAGUAAAGACGUAUUAGUAACUGAAUAAUUGUAAUUUUUAAUCAUUUUAAUCGUACAUUUUCAAAAAGAAAUAUCCUUUCUUUGUCAUAUGUUUAAAUGUUAGCCAUAGCUAACUUAUAAUGUAGCGUGUUGACUUACAUCGAUCUUUCUGGUAGUAUUAAUAUUUUUUUUGUUUUAAAUAUGUGUAUGCACGCGCAAAUAUGUCCUUUUGUAAAUAUAAUUCUACAUGGGCUCUUCCACUACGAUAUAAUUUAUUUUUGAUUCUACUAUUUACAAGUUGAUACAAACCAACGCACUGUAUAUUCAUAAUCGACUGGCCAAUCGCUUAGUUUUUCCACAAUUUUCCGUGUUUUUCGAUCCAUUUUUUACGAUUAACAUCAGAAGCUGUUCGUAUACAUGCUAUUUAGUAAAUGAGGUAUUUACGAAGACAACCGUCGAGUUUUUAAUCGUGCAACUAAGUUAAUUAACAAAUGAAUAAAUAAAGGCAAAUUAAAUAAGUAAUUAACAAUGUUUAAUAUAAAAAGAACAUAAAUUGUAGAAUCAUGAGAGACAGAACACUAGUUCUGGAAAAUCCGUGGAAAGAACGAUUGGUCAAACUUGUUGUAACUCAUAAGCUCUGCGUAAACUGUUAAAGCAAGUUUUCGAUUAAAAUUAAAAUAGAUAACAAGUGUAAACAAUUUUCACACAUUUGUACGAAUAUGAUAAAUAUGAAUUAGUGGAAAAAAUUCAUUCAAUCGAUCGCCAGAAAAUUGAGUAUUAAAUAGCUGCAUUUAUACAGUAUAUGAUGAUAACAGACAAGUAAGGUUUAUAACAUAGACACUAAGUAGAAAAUACGAUUAUGAAGGACCUAAAGAAAAAAAAGAAAAGCGAUGGCGUAUUAUUAACAUUGCGAAAUUUAUCAAUGAGGUUCAUAACUUAUACUUUGUUAAAACUUUGUUUGCACUGGCACUCUUUUGUGAAUUUUAUGUUUGACGAAGCUUGAAAAAUCUACGCGCCAACGCUCAGACGUGGACUGCUGUGAGUUAUGUGUUAUUGUCGUAUUUGAUGAUAUUUACGACCAUUGUGUAUGUAUGCGUGUGAGGGAUUUAAUUUUAAAUUAUCUUAUUAAUCUUGAUUGUGCUUUUUAUGUUUUGCUUGUGAUUUGAAUAAAAAUUUGUGUAAUAAACUAUUUCGAAAAAUUUAUAUAGUAUAGCGAUAAAGACCGGAAAAUGUAAAAUUGUAUGUGAAGUGCAAAAUUUUGAAUUUAAACGAUGCUUUUUAGCUCAUAAUAACGUAGUCAUAACGAAAAACGUAAGCUUGCACUAAUUCGUCCCUCUCCGUCCACGUUUGAAGCGUUGCCUUUUCGUUUAUGCUAUAAAAAAUCUCCUCAUUCCAUGCCCACAAACAAU